CGUGACCUGAACUAUGUAACAAUUACUACAACUCCCAAGAUGCUCUGGCGCAGUGAGGGCGGAAGUGAUAGAGUACUCGUGUACUAAUGGCGACAGCACAUGACUGUGUAGCCGGGGCCGGGCUGGUGGCCCUCAGUACCUUGAUCUUCAUCUAUUACACAGUGUGGGUCAUCUGUCUGCCUUUUAUUGACAGUGACCAUGUGAUUCACACAUUCUUCCUGCCUAGGGAAUACUCUGUACUGCUACCCUUACUGGCAGCCUUGGUACUGCUGCUUUUUAUGGGAAUCUUUGUUACUUUCGUUAUGUGGAAAAGUCGGAGCCCUAAGAAGAAAUCUGAGUGAAGACAAAGCCUUAGUUGUACAAAUCCUUUGUGACUGUCGUAGACAGCGGUGAAUAAAAUGUCACUUCUCUGCACAACGCCAGUUUUCCGGGCCUGGAAAAGAAGACUUUAGUAAGCUCUGUUUUGCCACUGGAAAAAAACUGCAGUUAUGCAGCUCAAGCCUAGCUAAAUUCACUAAGCAGUCUCUCCAGCUUCAUCAGUUAUGUAGCUCGUUCACUAAAGAAUGGAGAGUUAAGAGAGCUUUAGUGAAUCAACUCCAUACAGUUAAAUAGGAGCUGCUGACGUCGGUGAACCUGGAGAAACCGUUAGUGAAUUUUGCCUAUUAUUCCUCUGACUGUUGUGGAAAACAUCCAGACAACACUUCCACCUAGUGGUAAAAUGCUGUCAGCACACCUAUACUCCAUGGUGCAUGGGCUAACUUGCUGAAGAUUCUCAGAGGAAUGGAUCUGCUGUAUAUUUAUUAGGGUGACAGACUGUAUCCCACUGUAUGAUCAGUAUACAUUGUGCUGUUUAGUAGAUCUUCCUAGCGCUGUUAUCAGAUAUUCUCCUUAUAAAGGACAACCAGAAACGGGCCACAAUGUGUUCAAACGUUAAUUUAACCUUUCCACUGCGGUAAAUGUAAAUCUAGAGGCUGCUCUUUAUCUGAUGUUUAAAUAAAUAAUAAAAACACGA